CAAUUCAAGAUGGCGGAAAGCGAGCAGUAUGUGGAAGGUUUUGAUAACCGACAACGCUUUCAAAUUGAACUAGAGUUUGUACAAUGUCUGGCUAACCCACAUUAUUUGAACUUUCUGGCUCAGCGAGGUUAUUUUAAGGAUUCUUCAUUUGUGAAUUAUCUAAAAUAUCUUUUAUAUUGGAAGGCACCACAAUAUGCCAAAUUCUUAAAAUAUCCUCAAUGUCUGUUUUUUCUGGAUUUACUACAAUAUGAACAUUUUCGACGUGAAUUAGUCAAUGUACCUUGUGCAAAGUUUAUUGAUGAACAACAAUUGCUUCAUUGGCAGUAUUAUUCAAACAAAAGAUGUAAGGUUGCAAUGCCCAGUAAAAGUGAGGAAGCUACAACAUAAUAUAAACUUCAAUGAAGAGUGUUUGUCAUGCAAGACUUUAAUAAACUGUAAGGUAAUUUAGAAAUGGAAAUAUAUAUUCUUUCCUAAGGUCUGAA